GCGCCAGUCGGCAGUGGCUGCAAUGGCGGGCCUCUGGGUGUGGACUGCGGUGCUGGUCGCGGCCAGACGGCGUGGGCGGCGAUUGCCGCAGCAGCUGAUGCGGAGCGCAGCGCUGUGGACCCUGAAGCGUGUUCCACACUACCCAAGACAGCACUUCAUGGUGUCCCGUAGUCUCUGUUCAGCAGGAUAUGAUUCUAACGAAAAAACUUUCGAUAAAAUUCUUAUUGCUAAUAGAGGAGAAAUUGCAUGUAGGGUUAUUAAAACUUGCAAGAAGAUGGGCAUUAAGACGGUUGCCAUCCAUAGUGAUGUUGAUGCUAGUUCCGUUCAUGUGAAAAUGGCGGACGAGGCUGUCUGUGUUGGCCCAGCUCCCACCAGUAAAAGCUACCUCAACAUGGAUGCCAUCAUGGAAGCCAUUAAGAAAACCAGGGCCCAAGCUGUACAUCCAGGUUAUGGAUUCCUUUCAGAAAACAAAGAAUUUGCCAAAUGUCUGGCAGCAGAGGAUGUCGUUUUCAUUGGACCCGACACACAUGCUAUUCAAGCCAUGGGUGACAAGAUUGAAAGCAAAUUAUUAGCUAAGAAAGCAAAGGUUAACACAAUCCCUGGCUUUGAUGGUGUAGUCAAGGAUGCAGAUGAAGCUGUCAGAAUUGCAAGGGAAAUUGGCUACCCUGUCAUGAUCAAGGCCUCAGCAGGUGGUGGUGGGAAAGGCAUGCGAAUCGCCUGGGAUGAUGAAGAGACCAGGGAUGGUUUUAGAUUUUCAUCUCAAGAAGCUGCUUCUAGUUUUGGCGAUGAUAGACUACUAAUAGAAAAAUUUAUUGAUAACCCUCGUCAUAUAGAAAUCCAGGUUUUAGGUGACAAACAUGGGAAUGCAUUGUGGCUCAAUGAAAGAGAGUGCUCAAUUCAGCGAAGAAAUCAGAAAGUUGUGGAGGAAGCACCAAGCAUUUUUCUGGAUUCUAAGACUCGAAGAGCAAUGGGAGAACAAGCUGUAGCUCUUGCCAAAGCAGUGAAGUAUUCCUCUGCUGGAACCGUGGAAUUCCUUGUGGACUCGAAGAAGAAUUUUUAUUUCUUGGAAAUGAAUACAAGACUCCAGGUUGAGCAUCCCGUCACAGAAUGCAUUACCGGCCUGGACCUAGUCCAAGAAAUGAUCCGUGUUGCCAAGGGUUACCCUCUCAGGCACAGACAAGCUGAUAUUCCCAUCAACGGCUGGGCAGUUGAAUGUCGGGUUUAUGCUGAGGACCCCUACAAGUCUUUUGGUUUACCGUCCAUUGGGAGAUUGUCUCAGUACCAAGAACCAAUACAUCUACCUGGUGUCCGGGUUGACAGCGGCAUCCAGCCAGGAAGUGAUAUUAGCAUUUAUUAUGAUCCAAUGAUUUCAAAACUGAUCACAUAUGGUUCUGAUAGAACUGAAGCACUGAAGAGAAUGGAAGAUGCACUGGAUAAUUACGUUAUUCGAGGAGUUACACAUAAUAUUGCAUUACUCCGAGAGGUGAUAAUCAACUCACGCUUUAUAGAAGGAGACAUCAACACUAAAUUUCUUUCUGAUGUAUAUCCUGAUGGCUUUAAAGGACACAAGUUAACAGAGAGUGAGAGAAACCAAUUAUUGGCCAUAGCAUCAUCAUUGUUCGUGGCAUUCCAAUUAAGAGCACAACAUUUUCAAGAACAUGGAAAUUCGAGAGUGCCUAUUAUUAAACCACAAGUGGCUAACUGGGAGCUGUCAAUAAAAUUGCAUGAUGAAGUUCAUACUGUCAUAGCAUCAAACAGUGGGCCAACAUUCUCUGCUGUAGCCGGACUCAUCUUUAAAAAAGUGGAUGAUGGCACUGUCCAGUUGGAAUCCUUUGGUGCUUCUUAUCGUUCCCCCUCCCAGGUGGAAGUUGAUGGGUCGAAACUAAAUGUGACCAGCACGUGGAACCUGGCUUCACCCUUACUGGCUGUCAACGUUGAUGGCACUCAGAGGACGAUACAGUGUCUUUCUCGAGAAGCAGGUGGAAACAUGAGCAUUCAGUUUCUUGGUACAGUGUAUCAGGUGCAUAUCUUAACCAAACUGGCUGCAGAGCUGAACAAAUUUAUGCCGGAAAAAGUGGCUGAGGACACAAGCAGUAUUCUGCGCUCCCCGAUGCCUGGUGUGGUGGUGGCCGUCUCUGUCAAGCCUGGAGACAUGGUAGCAGAAGGUCAGGAAAUUUGUGUGAUUGAAGCCAUGAAAAUGCAGAACAGUAUGACAGCUGGGAAAACUGGCAAGGUGAAAUCAGUGCACUGUAAAGCUGGAGACACAGUUGGAGAAGGAGAUCUGCUCGUGGAACUGGAAUGAAGUAUUUAUAGCCUUUCAGUCGUCACCCAAUUUAAUUAGCCAUUUGUAUUAUUAUUCUUUCACACUCAAUUUAUUCAAGCAUUUUGCAAGAACACCCCUGUGCAGCAGAUUUUACAUGGUCAUAUUUAUUCCACAUAUAGUCAAAACCAACAAUCUGCCAAAAAAUCACCAAUGGAAAUUUUUAUUGAUAUAAAUACUUGUACAUAUGAUUUGUACUUCUGCUGUGAGAUUUCCUAGUGUCAAAAUUAAAUCAAUAAAGCUGAGCAUUUGUCUAAAUAUUAGUUUGCCCUUUUUUUGAAUGAAGACAAUGUACAUAAGAGGCUACUGGCUGUGCCAGUAGCCUUGAAACACUAGCGUUCCAUUGUGAUCCUUUAAAAAACUUUCUGUAAAUCCCAGUUCUUCGCCUUCGUCUCAUUGAACUAUCAUUUACCACCUUAAUAAUCUGUUUCCCUGCUGCUUC